GAAGAGUCGAGCUUGUGAUCACGAGCAAGAUGGCACCCCCGAAGUACGCCCAGACUCCUGUAAACCCUAACGCGCCGGCGCAGCCGACGUUCACGUGGUACAGGGUUCUAGCGGUAAUCGUCGUCGUCGUUGCGUCAACGCAAACGGGCUUCACCAACACCUUCAUCGGAAAAGCUGUUGUCAACUUCGCCAACUGCGUCGCGUACGACCAAAAGCAAACCAUGGGGGGCUGCCUGAGCAACGUGAUCGGCGAGAUCUUCGGGACUAACAAGGCUUCGGGGUCGUCACAGCACGCGCCCGUCACAGGGACAGCGCCAAAUCAUGGGAGCACGGGAGUGCACCCACCGGACAACCUCCCGAACAAGGUGUUCGACGAGCACGACAGGCCGCAGCAUCACUAUGAUGAACAUGGGGCACGGAUCUUUCCCGACGCGAUACUACACAGGGAAGAGGCCGAUUACCAGGCUAAGCUCCGGUCAUCUAAGCUCGCGGAGUCCCAGAAGGCGUACCAGGCCGGACACAAGGCCAACGCCCAUGAGCUGUCGGUAGAGGGGAAAAAGCACGGACAUUUGAUGGAGGCGGCCAACAAAAAAGCUGCGGAGGCCAUCAUCAAGCCUCAGAACUCCGAAAAAACGGGAGUGCUUGACCUGCACGGCCUGUAUGUAGCGGAGGCUACGGAGGCAACGGCCGCUUUCCUCCACUUUCAGAAGAAUGCCAAGGAGUUCAGGGAGGUGGAGGUCAUCACGGGUGCGGGACACCAUAGCCAAGGGCAUCAGGCUAAGAUCAGGCCAACCAUCGAAAAGCUCAUCAGCAGCAUGGAUCUGCCCUACCAUACCCCACCCCACAACGACGGCGCGUUCAUCGUAGAGAUGUACUCUAACCAAGACCUCGUGGACCAGAUGUAGAAAGAUCUUGUGUUUUCGAUGUAGCAUACGCAUGCGGCGCCUCUCAGCAACUUGUGGUGCAGGUUGCCAAAUGUCUAGAUUUUCGAACGUAUUACGUAGUGGGCGCGCUUGCUCUAAAACCGUGGUAUGCGGUACGCCCUUGUGCGCCCUGUUUCACGUGUGGCGUGUGGCUUGCAGACAGCAGCUUGUAGAUGCACGUUAGCCUAGUCGCUUUUCGACCAGCCUUUUGGCGCACAUUCAUAUUUACUUCUUUGUGUAGGUCCUAGAAUAAAGCUCGUGUUUCUCGUAUGUUCUCCUUUUAGUCAUAGCUUGUUUACGGUCGCGCACAAAGUUUGCGAAAUUUGACCGUUUUCAAUACCCCGGUGUUUCCCCCUUGAGAAUGGCGAAGUGGAACGUUAAAGAACAAAUAUCCCCGGGCAUUGCAACUGCGUGGGAGCUUGGGUCGUGUUUUCGGAUGGCUGCGCCAAGCGUGUCUUCGCAGGAUGAGUGGCGAAGUCAGCGGUUCCGUGUUGUAGGUUCGGUGUUAUACGUGGGCGUGUGAAUACUUUCUCGUGUACAUGAGCGCAGCUUCAUGAGCUCGACCCAUGUGCGCGUCUGCACGUGUUGUUGGAGUUGGAAUGAGUCGAGGAGAUACACAAAGGCUCGACAUUGAUACCAUCGGGUACAGUAUGGUCGAGCGUCCUCUUGCUAAUGUUGAGAACAUCCGUGCCAGUUUGUUUACGAAUGUGUCCAGCGACAAAUAGUACCGCAUAUGAAG